UCCCCAGAGCCUCAGUUCCUGCAGGACACCGACAUGGAACAGGGACUCACUGGGGCUUCACCUGUUCCCCAGGUGCCUGCUCUUCCCCACGAGGGAAGCCCAGGAGACCAGGCAACUGCACUCCUGACAGCCAGGUACCAGAACUGAUCCUCUUCAGAGACCUGGACGCCACACAAACCAUCUUCCCAGCUUCUCAACACCACCAGAAAACAGUUUCUUCUUUCUCCCUAGGGUUUUGAUGGGGGCUUAUUGUUAAAGGGUUAUGGGAUUUAUUCCCUAGAUUCUAAUCCGUUCUCACUCCCCCCUGACAAAUACAGACUGGAGUCUCUAUAUCAUCUCCUUCAGUCUCUGGCCAUGAUGCUAUAGUGGCCUUAUUCCCAAGAGCAGCCAGGCUGUAUUAUUUCAGGAGUUUGUGACAUUCGAUGAUGUGGCUGUGCACCUUACUCGAGAGGAAUGGGGAUGCCUGGACCCUGUUCAGAGGGAUCUCUACAGAGAAGUGAUGUUAGAGAAUUAUGGGAACGUGGUCUCACUGGGAUUUCCAAUUUUCAAGCCUGAUGGGAUAUCUCACCUGGAACAAGAUCUACAGGUCUUUGAUUUGGAAACUAAGAAUAGAGGAGUCUUAAGAGAUGACUACUCAGAUGGAGGAACCAGAGAAGAGAACAAGCUGUUGAUUCCUAAGCAGAAAAUUUCAGAAGUACAUUCAUGCAAAAUGAGAGUAGGAAGACUCAAAAAGGAUGCCGGCCAAGUUCCUGACACUAGAGAAGUGUAUAAAUCUGAGGACAGAUUAGAAAGGCUUCAGGAAAUACUAAGGAAAUUUUUAUUCCUGGAGAGAGAGUUUAGGCAAAUAACAAUCAGCAAGAAAACUUUCACCAGUGAGAACAAUGAAUGUAAUGAACCUGAAAAAAACUUCAGUCUGGAAUCUACUCUUGAUACAGACCAGAGAGAUCUUAGAAUACAGAACAUUGAUGAUAUUGAUAGGUAUGACAUUAGCCUCAACCAGAAUUCAGCUGCUGAGAAACGUGAACAAGUAAAUCUAACACAGGAUUUCCAAAGUAAUGAAUAUAAAGAAAGUUUAAUGGAUCUUUCCCACCUUAAUAAAUGUGAGAGCAUUUUCACCACUGAGAAAUCCUAUAAAUGUGAUGCAUGUGAGAAAGUCUUCCAUCAGAGCUCAGCUCUUUCUAGACAUCAGAGAAUUCAUACUAAAGAGAAACCCUACAAAUGUAAAGAAUGUGAAAAAUCUUUCAGUCAGAGCUCAAGUCUUAGUCGACAUAAAAGAAUACAUACUAGAGAAAAAUCCUAUAAAUGUGAAGUGUCUGAGAAGUCCUGUGAAUUACCUGAUAAAUCCUCUACUCAGAGCUCAGGCAUAAUGAAGCAUAAGAGGAUUCACACUAAAGCAAAAUCUUAUAAAUGUAGCAAUUGUGAAAGAGUAUUCAGUCGUAGUGUACACCUUACACAGCAUCAGAGAAUUCACAAAGAGAUGCCCUGUAAGUGUAAUGUAUGUGGCAGUGACUUCUACCAUGCCUCAUUCCUAGUCGAACAUCAGAAGGUUCACUGUGAAGAGAAAGCCUAUGAAUAUGAAUGUGGGAUGACCUUUACUAAACAUCAAGGAGCUAGUCUCAGAGAAAAGCCCUAUACAUGCACUGAAUGUGGAAAAGACUUCAGAUUGAAUUCCCAUCUUAUUCAGCAUCAAAGAAUUCAUACAGGAGAGAAACCACAUGAAUGUAAUGAAUGUGGGAAAGCUUUCAGUCAAACCUCAUGCCUUAUUCAGCAUCACAAAAUUCACAGGAAAGAGAAAUCCUCUGAGUAUAAUGAUUAUGAGGAAAGUUUUAAUCAUAGCUCAGAUCUUGUAGGACUGCAGCAAGAAGUCCUCACCAGAGAAGAAGCCUUUGAUUGUGAUGCAUGGGAAAAUAACCUCAUUCAAAGAGCACAACUUGUUCAACAUCAAAGAAUUCAUACCAAAGAGAAACCUUAUGAAUGUAAUGAACAUGGGAAGACAUUUAGUCAAGUUCAGGCCUCAUUCAAUAUCUGAGAGUUCACACCAGGAAAAAUUGUGAGUACUGAAUGUGAUAAAAUCUUCAGUCAGCUCAACCUUUUCAUCAUUGGAGAAUCCACCCCAGAGAGAAAUCCUCUGAAUGUGAUGAAUGGAGGAAAGCUAUUAGUUUUAAACUUUUAAUUGAUGCCUGCAAACCCAUACCAGAGAAAACCUACAAAUAUAUUGAAUGUGGUAAAUGCUUCAUGUUAUGUUCAUAACUUAGUCAUCAUUGGAGAAUUCAUACAGGAAUAAAAGCCCAUCACUGUAAAGAAUGUGAAAAAGCCUCAGUCAAAGAAAAUAACCUUUUCAGCAUCAAAUUCAUUCCAUGCAGAAAGCCUAUGAAUGUAAUAAAUGUGUGUGUGUGUGAAGAUUCAGUCAUAUUUCAGUCUUCAUUCAACAUCAAAGAAUCCAUACCCAAGAGAAGCCAUUGAGUAUAGGAGUUCAAGUCUUUUUUCAUCAUCAGAAUAUCUACACCAGAUCAGAAUCUGAUAUAACUCAAGUGGAAAAAAUUUACUGCCUUAUUUCAGGCUUUACUCAAUAUCAAAAUAUUGGAGGGACAAUUGUUGAUUAUUUGUAUAUGAAAUCAUUAAUAUAUAGUCCCGAUCUUUUUGAUUGCAGAAGAGUCUAGCCUGAGGAGUGACAUGGUAAAUGCAGUGCUGUUUUCUCAUGGCAUUCUUUAAUAUAAUAGGUGUUGUAAAGUUAACUAUGUAUACUUUAUUUAUGGAAUUCAUUUAAGCUAUUUUUAUUUUAAUAUGGCCUAUAAACAUUUUUCUUGAAAUUGGUAUGUAUUGUUCUCAGUUUCCCUAAGAUACUGUAAUUACACCAAUGUUAAAACGUAUCAGCAUUUGGAAAGUAGCUCAUUUAGUUCUCCACCCAAGUUCUCUCCAAAACAGACUAUUAGGCCUGCUUUUUUUCUGGGGACCCUAAUUCCUAUUUGUUUCUAGCCACAACAAUUGGAUUCCUGUUGAUUUCUCCACUCUCUUAAGCGCCUUCAAAUGAUGAUUUCCUAGUUUUAAGCUUUUCACCAGCAGGUAUUCCAUCCCUACUUGAUGUCACUGUUCUGGUGUCUUUUUUCCCCCAAAGUAAAGCAUCCACCUUUAAAAAAAUUGGAUUUCUACAUCCGGUUUACCCAUGAGUAUGAACGAUUCUGUCUCCCUUGAAUUUAUGACAGACAGCUAAACAUUUUCAAGUGAUGCCCAAAUUCUUAGCUGCCUUGUUUUGCAUCCACAGCCUACUAACAGAGAUAAGAACUCCUAGUGGUGUUAAAGCUACAUUCAUUCAGCAUCUACUCUGCAUGUUUAAGUUUAGAAAUAUUUUAUAUACUUCCAUUGAAGGCCAGCAAAAUGCUCGGGCCUGCUUUUGAUAGGGCAAAACAUAAAGAACAUAUACUAAAAGAUCAGAGAGCUUCAUAAGGUAGAGAGCUCAGCCUUCCAACAAAGAUAUUGCUGUUCUUAUGUAAUAUCUCUAGGGAGAAUAUUUUAAGAGAGUUGGUAAUUUUGUUCCUGGUAAAAUUUUAACCAAUUAGAUUGUUUUCUUAUCUAUUUGGAUUUCUACCCUCAAUAUCCCCUCAUCAUUCUAGCACAAUAUUUGAAGUGUGAGGGCAUUGUGUAUACUUAUUCAUUAUCACAUUUUUAUUUUUAUUUUACUAGGUCAUAUAAAAGAACAUGAUUUUCUUGAUUGAUAAAAGUGAUCACAGAUGUUGGGUCCAGAGUUCAGGGUCACCAUCAUAACACCUAACAACAGUUUAUGAUUCUUUAGAUGAUGUCAAAGCAUUUUAUUAUAUUUUUCCAUCUUAAGUUUCAUAAUAUUUUAUAAAUAAGACAAGUGUUAUUUAAAAUUCUAGUUGUCAUUCCAGCAGUUGAGACCUUCAUAGUUCAGAUGUUAUAAUAUUCAUGAGGGAUCCUCAACAAAUAUAUAAAAAUGUAUUGCUUGUCCUAUAAGCAUUUUAUGGCUAACCUCUAGGAUAGUUCUACCAGCAUAUUUUACCUCUUAGCCAUCAGCAAGCAUAUGAUCUAAUCAGGGCAAGGUAGGAAUCUAAAUGUAAAAUCAAAUGAAAAUGCAUGUUUUUUUCCUGUCAAGGAAUGUGUAUACUCAUGUAUAGAAACUAAUAGUCACUUCUGGGGAUUAAGAAACAGAGGAUGAGGUAAUCCUUAAAUACCAGAAUGUAUAAACAUGCCAUGUAUGCAUUUGGUUUAGGAAUGUGCUUUUUUACUUCCACUUGAAUAAAAGUGUAUUUGAUAUUCUGCAAAUCUCUUUCAAAUAAAAUCUGAAGGCCUUAGCUGGAAGCAUUGGGAAAUUUUGGAAUCACCUUUCUGGCUGCAACUCAGUUCCUUACACAUACUUGCUUCAUAACAAGAGUAGAUCGUUCUCCUGUAUACUGAUACUUACUCUUCCACAGAACUCUUGAGGAAUAAAGUCUGAAUAUUUAGGAAUUAAAGGAUUAUUCAAUUGGGAUGGUAUCAGUACAUAAAGUAUGAGUAAAUCAUUUGAGGUUUCAGUUAAAAUACGGAGAAGUGUGUGUGUGUGUGUGUUUAAAUAAAACACAUUUUUAAAAAUUAGAAUAAAGGAACUUGCCAGUUUAAGCUACCAAUAGAAUAUGAGUUUGUGUUCUUAAUUGUUUUAGUCUUGAUGCUGGAGAGCUAAGAGAAGAAACCUAUUAGUUGAGGGACACCUAAUUUUAUCUACUAUCUGCCCACCCACCUACAUGUGCAUAUUCAAACUUAAUCCUCACAAAUCUGCAAUGGAACAAGCUUCAUUUUACAGAACUGAGGUACAGUGAGGUUAAAGAACUUGUUAGGAUCACAUAAGUUCAAAUUCAGGUGUGUUUGACUCCAAAACUUUCUAUCAUCAUGCAGUUUGUAUUAGACACCAACCAGGGACAUUUUCUUUGAUUGUUCUUCAUUCCCUGUUGUACCCCAGUGAUUCACUAUAUUAGUUUGCAACUCAUCCUAAAUGCUCUCAAAGCUCUCUGGGAUACUAGGAGAAAAUAUCCCAAUAUCUUUUAGGUUGCUAAUCAGAGACCCUUCCAUGAAUAGGCUUAGACAAUUUUGACAGUGACAGGUCACAGAUCAAAGCUCUCUAGUUCCUGUCUCCUGCUCAGUCUCCUCCAUUCCCAUCACUAGAUUUACAUUUCCAUUUUCAAUGCCCAAAUGUGCUCUUAAUUUUUGUUACUAAUUAGAACUUGCUGAUGGACAUUUAUUCUUACCAAGAUUUACUGUCACCUCUGGUUAUGUUAUGUGGAACAAAGCAGUUAUUGGGAAAAUCAAGUUUGAUUACUAGGUUCUAGCUUGAGCAAAAGAGUAUCCAAAUAGAGGUAGACUAGAGAGAUAUGUGGUACACUGGAAGAAGUGCAAGGAGAGUAUUUCAGGCAAGAAAGAUGAUGUCAGAAGGCCUACAAAUGAGUGUAUGGCAUUUUCAGGGUAAUAUAUGAGCUUUCUGGAGAAAUGCCUCAUGCUAGGAAAUAGUAUGAGGGUUACUGAUGAAGAACGAAAACUCAUAGGGUGUCAUCUCAGCAGAGCAUAAUGGGAUUACCACAACUAGAAAUGUAAUUACCUGUCCAUUCAAUAAUGCAUUUGCCAGACAUUGAUAUUCAGUGUUCAGUUAAACUAAUAAAACGAAUGAAACUAUCUACUGAGUAAAAAGAAACAGAUUAGUUGUCUAAGCAAUAGCUUUGGAAUUAGACAUACCUGUGUUUGAAUUUUGCUGUUUACUAGCUGUGUGACUUAGGAAAUUUUACUUAGUCUCUCUAGUUUUCUUGUCUAUACACUGUGUUAAUAGCAUGGAAAUUAAAGAGAUAAUGUAAAAGGUACUGGUCAUAUAGUAAGUGCCAAAUAGUUACUAAUAUAAAUACUAUUAUAAAAACCAGUAAAAAUAGAAGACAGAUGUUUAUAUAGAAGAUAGAGGGAAUUAAUGAGCAAGCAUUUAACAGUGUAGGACUGGCAUUGUCCAGAAUGGGAUACCCUGGGCUUGGAGAACUUAAAUGACUAGAGAAAACAUCAGGCAUCCUUGUCUGUGGUAGGAACUGCCUCUUGACAGGCAUUCCCUGUUGGGAGCCGGCAAACUGACAUAUGUCUCAUCUAAAAUUUAUAUCAUAUGAGUUCACAUUUUCAAAAUACAAGUGCAUAAAGGAACUAUUGUUUAAUACAAGACUAUACGAAUGAUUUCACUCAGAAAUCAGAUGGUGCCCUGUAUAAGUCAUCAAGAAAAUAAUGCUGGAAUUUUUUUAUUUUGUUGAUGCAUCCUAUUCACUCCACUUACAGAAAAUGGUUAACCUCUUGUGUUUGUAUUUCAUUCAUGUUUAUAAAUUUACAACUUGGACAUAA